AUGUUAAGACGUACUCGUAGUCUUAGUCGUCAUCGUGACUAUACACCAGACCAUGAAUUAACUCCAUCUGUUUAUGAACGUUCAUAUUCAGUCGAGCGUCGUUCAGAUGAUUACCCAUCUGGUGCUCGUUUCAACAAGCCCACUAAUAAUGCAUAUGAUCGGUGGAGACGAUCACAAUCUGUUGGAAGAUUUGAUCAUUUAAUAGCAGGACGACGCCGACCACAACAUAGUACGUACAGUACACAUGAUCCUGAUUAUUACGUUGGUAAUCGUUAUAUAACACCGUUUUAUUCAGACUAUUAUCCAUCCUACUAUUACUAUCCGUAUGAUCGAUAUUGGUAUCGUCCGUUUUAUUAUUACUAUUAUUACGAUUAUGAUUAUCCCUAUUCUUCUUAUUGGCGUUAUAAUACGUCAAGAUUAUAUCCAAGAUAUUAUUAUGGACGAAUGUUGAAUCGAUAUACAGACCUUGAUCGUCUUCUAGGCUUGUAG